AGAGCGGAAGGAGCAUGGCGUGGACACAGCUCAAAAAGAAGAUCCAGGAUGCCAUUGUUAUCCUGGGGGGCGGUGGGUUUCUCUUCGCCUCCUACUUGACAGCCAAGGGGGAUGAGCAUUUCUACGCUGAACACUUGAUGCCAGCACUGCAGAGCCUGCUGGACCCCGAGUCAGCCCACAGGCUAGCCAUUCGCUGCACUUCCUUGGGGCUCCUUCCUCGUGCCACAUUUCAAGACUCUGACAUGCUGGAGGUGAAAAUUCUGGGUCAUAAAUUCCGAAAUCCAGUAGGAAUUGCUGCAGGAUUUGACAAACAUGGGGAAGCAGUGGAUGGACUCUAUAAGAUGGGCUUUGGUUUUGUUGAGAUAGGAAGUGUUACCCCAAAGCCUCAGGAAGGAAACCCCAGACCCAGAGUCUUCCGCCUCCCCGAGGACCAGGCCAUCAUUAACAGAUAUGGAUUUAACAGUCAUGGGCUCUCGGUGGUGGAACACAGGUUACGAGCCAGACAGCAGAUGCAGACCAAGCUCACAGAAGAUGGACUGCCGCUGGGAAUAAAUCUGGGGAAGAAUAAGACCUCCGUGGACGCUGCCUCCGACUAUGCAGAGGGGGUUCGAGUCCUGGGCCCUUUGGCUGACUACCUGGUGGUGAAUGUUUCCAGUCCCAACACCGCUGGGCUGCGGAGCCUUCAGGGAAAGGGUGAGCUGCGCCGCCUGCUGACCAAGGUGCUGCAGGAGAGGGAAGCCUUGAAGGGGGCACACAAGCCAGCUGUGCUGGUGAAGAUCGCGCCCGACCUCUCAGUCCAGGACCAGGAGGAUAUCGCUGGAGUGGUGAUAGAGCUGGGCAUCGAUGGAUUGAUUGUCACGAACACCACUGUGAGCCGUCCUGCCAGCCUCCAGGCCGCCCUGCGCUCUGAAAUGGGAGGGCUGAGUGGAAAGCCCCUCCAGGACUUAUCCACCAAAACCAUCCGGCAGAUGUACACACUCACUCAAGGCAGAGUCCCCAUCAUCGGGGUUGGUGGUAUCAGCAGCGGGCAGGACGCACUGGAGAAGAUCCGUGCAGGGGCCUCUCUGGUGCAGCUGUACACGGCCCUCACCUACCAGGGCCCGCCUGUGGUGGGCCGAGUCAAGCGAGAGCUGGAAGCCCUGUUAAAGGAACAGGGUUUUACCAGUGUCACAGAUGCCAUCGGAGCAGAUCAUCGGCAGUGAAAAUGUUGGUAGGAAGCCUGAUCUGGAACUCUCCCAUCAAGUCAGGCAAGCCUUGUGGCUGGGUUGAGAGAAGAGGGACAGCCUUACCCCUAACCACAAGAGCCCUCUCUCCAAGGCCCGCUGGACUAUCAAUCAUAAGGGUCACCAGAAAUGACUCUUUAGUCAUUUAACUGCAUUUGUGUAUCUUUCCAGAUUCAAAUUCUAGGAUUCUUUUCAUGUUUCAGGGACAUCAGAUAUCUUUUGAGGAAAGUAUUUGGGGGGGAAAUAAAACCAUUUAGAGCAUAGAUUUAAAUCCAGCCAUUUCUGUAGGGCCAGGGGCUGGGUCUGAAGUGGGUUUCCCAGGAGUUUAACCCUCUUUCAUUGUAACUUUAAAUUUCCAACUUUACUUUACAAUAACCUCAAGCAUAGAUAAGAGCUGCAAGAGUAGGUUGACAAUCCUUCGUGUCUUUACAUCGCCCUCCCUCUGUGUCUGUCCCGAUCUCUUCUUAUGAGGGACACAGCCCUACUGGAUGAGGGCCACCACCCCAGUGGCCUCAUUUUAACUUGAUCACCUUUGUAAAGACCCUCUCUCCAAAUAAGGUCAUGUGGGAGUAGGGUCCCAACAUGCCCACUCAGGGGAGACACAGCCGGGCCCAUCACAGGAACCAUGCUUUCUGUGUCCUCUUGAUACCAGACAGAUGGGUCCUCAGGGUGCUUGUAGACACUAGACAGAGAGCUAAAGAGGGAGGCCAGUCUUGCAAUACAGGAAAGCAGAUGGUGAUCAAGCUGGGAACCUUGCCUGGGAGGAGGGGGUGGCCUGUGUGCUCAGUGGAGGAGCCUGAGGGUACAGCAGAGACAGCGUGCUCUGCUUCUCAUUGUUCCCUCUCUGCCUCACUGCCAAGAAACCCAUGGCCAGUCUCCUGAUGUCCUUUUCAGAGAUCUUUUUCCUGGUGUUUAUCUUAUACUUUUAUGAAAAUAAUAUCUACUCAUAAAUAAAUAUAAGCAGUAUAUCCCCCAAAGAAAACUUGUCUGCCUUUUAUCCCCUCAAACAAUUCUACUUCCCAGAGAUACUCACAGAUGGCUUUUGUAUCUAGCUAGAUUUUCCUGGUUUUUUUUUUUUUGUAUAUACAAAUGUACAUAUCCAUCACUACCUGUUUUUAUCUACUGCACAUAAAUGGAAAUGUUUUCAAGAAGGCUCUCCCUGGUGACGCAGUGUGUUAAAGCACAGCACUAUGAAGCUAUCC